GCUCAGUUUUUCGAGUUGAGAAUCUCAAAAUGGCUGACACUUGUUGGUCUCGGAAUUUCUAAGCGACAAAUUCGAUACGAAACCAGUGUUUUAUUUAAUAAAACGUUUUUAAAUUGACACUAAGUGUUAGUGAUAUGUGCGUUUAUUAUUUAAAAUUCUCACUCGCCCCGACGCAGUAAUGUUAUUUAGUGCAAUCAAUAGAAAUGUGUGCUGCCGUGGACAUUUAUUUACAAUUGUGUGGUGUAAAUAUUGGAUUAUUUUAGAUCGUAAUGGAUAAUACGAACUCUACAUUAACGGAAAGCGGUUCUGCAUCCCCGAACUGCAUGAACGGAUCCAUGAGGCGGCCGUCUCCGGGGCCUUGCACGCCAACUGGCGCCGGGGGGCGGCCGGCCUCGCUGAUGGAUCACAACCAGAGCCAGCCGAACUACGUGGUGGUAGUCGUCAAUAGGGACGAGAAGGGGUACGGGAUGAAGGUUUCUGGAGACAACCCCGUCUACGUACAGAGCGUCAAAGAAGGGGGAGCAGCCGAACGCGCAGGGCUUCAUGCUGGUGAUAAAAUAAUUAAAGUUAAUGGUGUUAAUGUUAUGCAAUCAACACACACCCAGGUUGUUGCUCUAAUAAAAUCCUCAUCUCAAGUUGAGUUGACCGUUCAACAGCGAUCAAGUGGCUUAAGGAAUAUGGCAUCACCAAGUGUUCAUACUAGACCAGUGACAACACCCACAUCCUCUAGAAUUACCGGACCUCAGCCUGUAGAUAACGAAAAGCAGCACCAGCUACAGUUGGAAAAAGAGCAAUACUACAGAUUGAUGAUAGAGAAAGAACAGCAUUACGUCGAUCUCCUCCGGAGCCAGAUCGCCUCCUCCCCAGACGAAAAGAAGUGCCUGGAACUAGCCAAAACGGAGAGAAAUCUUCAAACCUUACAGGCAAUGUUGUUACGUAGUCAAAGCGAGCAACAAUCUCCGCUCCUAGACACUUCUCAUACUUUUGUCCCUCUUCCAUCCCCUAAAAAACACCGAAAUACCACACCGACGUCGCCCAAUGGAAAUUCAGACGUGCCUCCGCCGCUACCCAAGAGAAACGUCCACCAGUCCCGCCAGCGAGUCAACACAGAAACUAAUACCUUAAAUAAUAAACGUGCCUUAUCACAUAUUAAUGGGAAAGUGCCUUUAGACAUUAAUUCUUUUAACAACGAAAUUAACUCUAACAUAGCGAACACGAUCCCAUCCUCGCGAAAACGCCAUCCACCAUUUGGCCCCCUCGUUCUGGACAGAUCCGAUAGACCUCCUCCUUUACCACCUCGAACACCCCAUUCGGCCCCCCUGCCUCAGCGGACGGACCCGGAUGCGGUUAACUCGAUAAAUAAACAAAUGUCCUACCCGUUAGUGGCCACCUGCGCUACGUUAGUUAACAAUUAUUCGCCCAACCCAACUCAUCAUCGAACGAAAUCUAGUCCAGAAACACUGAUGGUCCUUAGUGGAGUUGAUGGUUCUAGAAAACUUUCUGAAAGCAUGAACGACCUUAGGCAAGAGGAGUGGGAGGGAGCGGAAACGCCCCCGGGAACUCCCCCUCCUCCUUAUCCUAGUCCUCAAGUUUCUAGAAGGGAUAGAAUUUGUAUUCCGGAGGAUGGAGAUGCCACAUUUGGAGAUAACUUAAUGGAUUCUCCUGAUGCCUCACCUUUUCGGGGUAAUGGAUCUACACGUGUAUUGGCAAACAGUUCUCCAAUACACGCUGCUAAUCCUCAAGUCUCCCAAGAACCCAUUAUAAGUAUGGAGGAUGACGAAAUCUCAGACCAAGAAAUUAAUCAGUUCAAGGACCAUGGUUACUUCAAAUCCCUUUCCAAGUUAUGGGAGCACUUACCUCAUCUAGCCGUCUUCACUAAUUAUAUAUUAUCAAAUUCUGAUCCCAACAGUCUGAUGUUUUACCUAUUAACGGACCUUUAUAAGGAAGGAAAUGCCAAAGAAAUGAGAAAAUGGGCUUUUGAGAUACAUUCAUGCUUCUUAGUUCCAGGAGCGCCUCUACGCUUAAGCAACGUCGAUGAGAACAUAGCCAGAGAAAUCGACGAUGUCCUUACGAAAGAAUUUGAUAAAGAAGACCGGUUACGUAAAAUAUUCUGGAAGGCCAGGUCUAGAGCCAAGGAGGAACUAACGAGGCUACUAGCCGAAUUCCAACAGAAGAGAACCGCCGGGUUAGGUACAAUUUUCGGACCCACCGACCAGGCCCUCGCAGAAGUUUAUAACGAUAAAGCGAAGGAAACUAAAUUGUACGAAACGUUGUUCUUAGAGAAAUUAGACCCUUAUUUAGACGAAAUUGAAAAGGAAAAUUGUGAUUUGAAGCGUUAUUAUACAGCCGCUGCCUUCACCACGGUCCUGACGAGAAUUUUCCAGAUUCGUCCCGCCCCGCACGCACUCGAUAGGUGUCCGACAUUUGUUAGUAAGGAGAAAUCUUUCCGGACGAAGUUUAUCGGGAAGUAUUCUAGAAAGUUAAGCGUCUUCGGCCACCAGUACAUCGCGCAACAAUAUUAUACUGUCAUAGGUUGUAAUAACUGCCACCAAAUCAUAUUUGGAAUUAGUCCCCAAGGAUACCAGUGUUCAGUAUGCCAUAUCAAUCUACAUAGACAUUGCGUUAAACUUUACGACGACAGUUGUCCCGGACCUAUAAUAAAAAAGGAGAGAGGCAUCAGGAAACUAAUCGGUAUGAAGGACAACACCGACCACAGCAGGAUCAAGAAGACGUCGCACUUCUUGCAAAUGGAAAAAGAACGCAGGCAAAUGGAGGAGAGGGACAGCAGUUUUGAACAAAGCGAAAGCGGGGAUGUUAAACAAGGUCAGCCCGUAUCUCGAAGUGGUUCGGACAGAAGACCGGAUGCUGUCCGCGAGGAAGGCCUCAAGGUUCAGGACUCGCCCUCCACCACAGAUUCAACCCACGAUGCCAGCGAGAAAGCAGAAGUUUCGACACCGGAUAGUACUACUAGUCUCCCCGCUACAGGAAGCAAAAGGAGGAUAAAUAGUAACAUAAACCGAUCGGAAAGUGUGAAGGAGCAGUCAGAAAAGAGAAAACAACGGCGGAAUAUUAGCGAUCCCUCACAUAAUACCACAGGCGGAGAUGUGGAUUUGGAUAGGCAACCUGGUUUAUCGAAUACCGAUUCUGGUAGUUCUUCUAAUUCCAGUAUAUCGUGCAAUGGCCGAUUAUCGGAGAGUCCGAGUAACAGCGUCGAUACCGUCGGCCAGACGGGGCCUUCACGAGGUAACCUCGAUUCUGAUAGUGACAUGGAUGUCGAAGCAGAACCCUGGCAAAGCUUCGUACCACCUGAAGAACUAAGAAAUCUGCCACCUCACGAGAAGAAGAGACAGGAUGUCAUUAACGAACUCUUCCACACCGAGGGCUCUCACGUUCGCAACCUCAAAGUACUGUACAAAAUCUUUUACAAGAAACUUCAAGAGAGCCAGAUCCUUAAGCCUGAAGAAUUAAACCUAAUGUUCCCGAACAUAAAGGAAAUGUUAGACCUUCACACGGAAAUCAACAAGGCGAUGAGGAGGCGGAGGAAGGAGGACUCCAUUGUAAAGGAGAUCGGCGACAUAUUGGUGAAUAUGUUCGAUGAUCGUCAGGGAGAGUCGCUCAAGAAGGCUGCCGCGAACUUCUGUGAGAGGCAGCAGUUGGCUCUUGAAUUCAUAAAGAGACGUCGGGAACGCGACUCGAAGUUCGACGCCCUGCUGUCGGAAUGCGAAAAGAAGCGACAGUGCAGGCGAUUGCCUCUUCAGGGUAUCCUUCCCACGGAAAUGCAGAGGUUGUCGAAGUACCCCCUUCUCCUCGAGAGACUCAUCAACAGUGUAGAAACGAACACGGAAGAACAGUCCCAGCAAGAGGAGUUGGUUAUGUUGAAACGGGCGCAGAACUUGUCCAAAGAAAUUUUGAACUACGUGAACGAAGCUGCCAAGGUAGCCCAUAAUAGGCAUAGGUUAGAGGAGAUUCAAAAACAUCUGGACAGCAGUAAUUUUGAAAGAUCUGAACUUCAAAUAGCCCAAGACUUUAAGGCUUUAGAUUUGACGAAGUUUAAAUUAAUUAUAGAGGGUGGCAUGCAACUUAGAAGGCCUAAUAAACCAGUUGUGCCUGUCCAUAUAUUACUGUUAGAAGAAGCCGUUAUAAUCCUUCAUCGGGAGGGCGAUAAGUUUCUGCUGAAGUUUUUUCAGUCGGGGUCCAAUGCCCAGCCCGCGCCCCUUUCUCCAAUCAUCAAAAUGAGUACACUUAUAGUCAGGACUAACGCAGUCUGCAAGAAUUCUCUCUUUCUCGUCAACACGUCCACGAAUAAUAGUCAGAUGUAUGAUUUGAUAGCGGAGGAUGAGAUCAAACGAGAAGUAUGGUUCAAGCAUUUCUCGGACGCCACCGAGUCUCAUAAGAAGAGGGAGGGUAAACGCCAGGAAGCCCCCACGGAUUCGGACGAUUCGGAGAGCGUUCAGGACCUGCCACCUUCCGGAGAGAUCGUCGGAAGGGCCGAAGCCGUCGGUGGAGACGAUAACGGCGCCGCUUCCGAGGGUGUUAAUGAAGCUGAAGACAACGAAAAGGUCGAAGGCGAAGACCACAACGAAGGUACCGACAGAGAAUCGGCUACGUCCCCAGAAAUGGUUGCUGGUGGUGGUAUUCAAACGUCAAAGGUGAGUGCAGAGGAAUGGCCACUAAUCCAACCGUCACAGGUCAACAUUGCGGUGCCACCAGUUCUCACUGCAGAAUCCAUGCUCACACCGCUAGAGCAAAUCAGGAGGAAGGAUGCUUUGGUGAAACAGGCCUUGGAGGACAAGGAGGGCCUAGUCGCCGAUAUGAUGAGCAUUCCUCGGGAGCAUUUCCAACAUAUCGCCGACAUGGCCAGCGUAGACAAUUCGACAAGCCGGGAACCAUCCGAGCGAAUUCUAGCGGCGAUAUUUCAGGUCGACCAACUCCAGAAGGCCGUAAACCAGUCGCUGAACGUGACAGAGUACGAAGCCGUUACGGCAAAAGGCGGCAAACAUGCAGUGUGUACCAGCCAGCAACCCGUCGAGGAAGUGACCUCAGCCCAUUUGACCGUACCAGUAAAUUUGGUCAGAGAUUUAGCAACCUCUCUCAGUUCACAACUCACGACCCUUUUGAGUGAAGUAAAGCAGAUCGAAGAAGAGAGGGACAUGCUACGAAAGGAAUUACAUAGAAUGAGAGAACGCAUCCACGUAGACCAUAACCUCCAUAGCCCUGUACCUUUUGACGAUAGCGAGGAUUUUACAUCGACAGAUUGUGCCUCAGAACAACAUAAUCUUGAAGAUAGCUCUUUACAGAUAGUAACGAAAAGUGACUGCGAAGAAGAACAAUCGUGAGAUGGCGGGCCAUAUGGACAUUUUGUAAAAAAGUAUUUGUUAUGUACUAAACUUUUAAAAUUCAUUAUCUUAUAAAUAGGUAAUUUAAAGUGUAAAUUAAUAUAUAUUGAGCCUAGAUAUGAUGAUAAUCUAUAUAAUGGUAAUCAAUUCUUAUUAUUUUUAUAAUGAACAAAGGAAAACUGAUUUUAUACAUGCAUGUAGUUUCCUUAACCGUUUUGUGACUUUAAACAAGAGUUAGGUUCAGUUCUUUUUAGAGUCGGUGCAAUAAUGCUUAUGUAGAUGUUAUUCAUUAUUAUAAGUCGCUAGUGGGCUUCCCAUAGGGACGGCACUUUGUAAUUAUGUGUAUAUACUGUAGAGUAGGUUUAUUAUUUGUUGCUAUAUUACCAAUACAUUAUUUAUAACAAUGUCCCUUCUACCUGAUCAUAGUAUUCUAUUUAUUCGUUAUACUUUUUGUGUUUUUUAAAUUGGUGUAUUUUAAGGAAUGUGGGUGUGUACGAUUCAGUUUGUUCUUGUUGGCUGGGUCGCCGAAGCGGAUAGCCGUGUAAUUAAACCAGUGUUAAAUAUUUAACCGAUUCUUUAAGUGCCUUUUCGAGCACCCAUUGUUGUUCAUACCGCUUUUGUAUAACGCUUUACAAAUGUGCAUUUUUUUUGUUAAAAAUAAACGAAACGUUUUUCGGCAUUUACGUAGUCGUAAAUUAUUUUAUUUACUUUUUUUUAACCACUUUAUUUCAUCAGCGAAUUAUAUAUAAUGAAUGACACACCAUACGAUUUGUUAUAUGUAUUUAUAUAAACAAAAAUAACAGUACUAUUGAAUAAAAAUUUUAAAACCA